AUGGGGGCACCAGGACAGGAAACAAACGGCACCGUCGUUGCGGGUACCCUCAUGUGCAAUUACGGUGCCCCCAUUGCUCGCUCCGCGGGAGCAACCAGAAGAACUGCAUCUGAUCUGCCACGUGCACCUCCGCAGGGUCAGCUGGGCAGGAUAGUGUGCACACGCCGCGAUCCUCUGUCCACCAUUGCGUUGUCGAAUCAAGCGCGUGUUCCGGCUGAAUUUAUUCCUGCAGACCCCACCCUGGUAGAGGCACGCGGAGGAGCACCCGCUGCUAGGGAUCGCGGAGCAGCAGUGUAUGGCAACAACCGGAAUUGUACAUCAACCGCUGCUGCCCCGCUGGUGAGAAGCGAGAGCAUCGGACUGCUGCUGCCCAAGGAGGUCAAACAGGCAAGGGUCUGCGGUGGAAGAGGGAAGAGGAAUUGCUCUCCCGGACAGCAGUUGCAAGGCUUGGUGCCGAUAGACCCAGAUCAGCAGGGUCGUCAUAUCAUGUCGGAGGUCAGGCUUUCGACGGUGAUCCUGGUGUGCGCCGGUUUCGGCGUGCUUGCCUUUAUCUCGGGCUCUGCGGAGAACAUCUGGCGGAAGGUCAAGCUGGCCGGCAUCGGCGCGGUCCACAUGCUACUGUCCAAGGACAAGAAGUUCAAGCCCGAGGUGGAUUCGGGCAAGGUGCGCGUGGACUCAACCUCUCGUCGGAAGAGGAUAAUCUUCAUCAGGCACGGAGAGUCUGAAUGGAACGAGGUGUUCAACCGGGGAUUUGGGCCUUCGUUUUUGGUGCGGCUGGUGAGCGCUUUCGUGAGGGAGGUGAUGAUGUUGUCCACGCGCGACAGCGUGUUCUUCGAUUCCCCUCUCAGCAACACCGGCAUCCAGCAGACCCAGGAGCUCAUUCGGUUCCUGCAAAAGACUCCCGACAGUUUCUCGGGAUCAGGGGUUGCGGAUGCGGUGGCGACGCUUCGGGGAGGCUCGACGCAAUCGUCGCAGUCGUCAGUGGUCGUGACUUCCAACCUUCGGCGUGCCAUCGCCACCGGGCUGAUCACGCUCUGGGAGCGUUUGAGAGGCGGAGAGGAGCGCUACCUCGUCCACAGCGCCUUGCAGGAGAUGACGUUCAACAUCGACGGGAUUUCGCUGUUGGAGCGAGGGGAAAAGCCGGAUGAAGGUCUCGCCAAGGAGCUAGGCGGAAACGUUGUCUUCGACGCGGAGUUCAACGUGGGCACGAAGGCGUUGGGCAACACGGGGAUGAAGCGCAUGAAGGCACUCGCGGAGUGGGCAUCGCAAAGGCCGGAAGACACGGUGGUGUGCGUGGGGCACUCCCUCUACUUCCGCUCGUUUUUUCGGUGCUUUUUGCCACAGAGCGCGGUCCACGAUGCCAAGAAAAAGAAGAUGGUCAACUGCGGGGUCGUUGCCUUCACACUCGAGAGCGGUGUCUACGAAGGGCGGCAAGCGUACAAGAUUGAACCUGACAGCAUCGUCAGCGUGUACGGCGGCUUCAAAUAGACAAGGAGGUUAGCGGAUCAACGGCUGUCUGCGGAAAAGACAGACAGACGUUGGUUCUUGAAGUUUUGGCAACACUCUGUGGAUCGUAGGCAGGAAAGACUUGUGUUGGGAAGUGCGACAAGCUAGGGGUUAGACAUCGGAACAGCGGGCUCUAGCAACAGCUUGGGGUGUUGGAAUCGGUCAUUUCCGGCACGCCAGGGCGGAGCCACCUCUUGAGGGCAGGAAUUAAUCAACAGGGUGGGGUUCGUGAUGUGUUGCACUUGUUGGCAGCCUUAGGCCAUGGCACGCGUGUAGGACAUGGGGCGUUUUUCCCUCUCUUACCCUUGAGAGUCUGCGGGGCGACUGGUACACCACGAGGUUUUUCGAGAUUGUUUCAAAGUGGCGGCAUAUAUGGAUGCUGGACAAUGUAUGCAUAGGUAGGAUACGACGUAGCAGUGGCAGUUGUCGGUGCCCUGUGUACAAGUCGGUCGGUCGUCUUACACCGAUGUCUCUAGGGAUCGCUGUAUGAACAUGUCUCGGGACUCCACAUGCCCUAUCUGAAGAGGGCAGAGUCUCGAUACAGAUGCUGCGUACUGUGGAGUACUCUAGUAGUGUCUAGGGCUUCCUCUCGUACACAGAGCGGGGGAGGGGGCAGAGGUACAUCUUGCCGCUGACAUUUUUGGUGGAUCAUUCCGUUUAUCUUGAGCGUUUUUUGACGUGGCACGUGCUUGC